UCAAUAAAGACACCCAGGUGUUGCUCACUAUUCUCUUUAUUACUCCUGAUAUAAGUUAGUGAUCAGUUAUGAACCUUCACAGCUGAGCAAGGAAUGGCUCUAGGUUCAACCAGGGCUGGUUCUCUUCUUGGAUCGAACCUUUCCCUGACCAGCACUGCGUCACGACCUACCUAUGCCCACUCCAGCUCCACCUACGCCCACUCCAGCUCUACCUACGCCCACUCCACAGUAGCAGGGAGCUCCAGCCUGCCUCCACAUAGCCGCAGAAGCUCAUCUAAGCUCCCUUUUAUACCUUACAGGGACUCAGUCCUCACUUGGUUAUUGAAGGAUACAUUGGGAGGCAAUGCAAAAACACUGAUGAUUGCUACUGUGUCGCCUUGCAGCACCAGUUUAGCUGAGAGUUUGUCCACUCUGAGGUAUGCAACACGGGCCCGAUGCAUCGUCAACACUCCAGUAGUGAACCUGGAUGAUAGAACUGCGACUAUCAGUAGUCUGAAGAGGGAAGUGGCAGCUCUGAAGAGAAUGCUGUGUGAUGCCAAGCCAGCAUUAAGGAGAGCUCUUGGGAGCAGCAACAAAAGCUCUUUACUAGAAGCAGCAUCACAAGUGUCAAGCUCACAGCUCACCAGAGAGUGGAUCACCCAUCUCCAUACCGAACAUCACACCAAGGAACACAAGAAAGUCAGGAGAAAAAGUGCUCCAGUCUGUGACCAGUGGAGCCUGAGCUCCACCAGGGUGCUUCAGCGUCAGCAGCAGCACACCCGCUGGGGAAAACCUGU